AUGCAAGUGUAUUGUGAUAAGUUUGCUUCACGGGACGGCGUCGUAAUGAAUCAAAUCCGAAUUGUUCAUGGUGCGUCCACUGGCAAAGAAUUCUUUCUGAGAGUACUUGGUGAACAAGUUGAUGGGAUUAAACCUAUUUUGUUGGAAACUGAUCAAAACGAUAUCGUUUUCUUCAUUGAUGAUGAUGAAACAGCAUUAGCAAUACAAGCAAUGUCACGACGAAUAAACGAUCCAAGCACAUCUUGUCCAGUGACCAUUAUUUCGAAAAAAGCACCAUUAGGCUUUAAUGCUGUUGGCCAAGAUGAAAUCGAUUUGCUAACGUGGGUUUUAAAUGACCGUUACGAUGCUGAAACUCGCACUCUUGAUUUGAGUUAUUUUUCGCUCGAUCGAGCAUUCCACGCCAAACCGUCUUAUUUUUCUUUGUGCCAAAACAAUAUAAUGAUGGCUGUGAUCGAUUUGAUUGAUAAGUAUUACGGAUCAGUCACGUCUUUGAUUAUGAAAGGAAAUCGUUUGCGAUUUUUGGAUCACUUUUCAUGUCUCAAAUAUCGAAUUAGAAAUAUUCAAACUUUGGAUUUAUCGUCGAAUCGGAUCGACAGUGCUUCUGAGUUAGAGAAAUUGAAAGAAUGGCCAGUUGAAACACUUUUCUUCGAAAAUAACCCUUUAUGUUCUCAGUUUGUUUCUGCCGAGGCCUAUUUAAGGACGGUAAACCUGUCGAGAGUGGAGACGCUUUGCCUGACCUCGGUGAACAAAUUUCUUCAAAUUUCUUCACUCUCAUUGAAUAAGCCAAAGGUUUACUGUAUUUCAACGCAAUGCAAAGAAUUUGUUGAAAAUUUCGUUACUCGAUAUAUAAAUAUUUUUGAUAGUAUUGAUACGAAUGAUCGAAGCUUUCUAACGGAUGCAUACGAUGAAAAUGCGACAUUCUCUUUAUCAGUCGAAAAUCUGUCAGAUGCAAAGGGUACUCAUGAAGGAAUCUCUGAUAACAAUUUUCGUAUAUCAGAAUGGGAAUACUAUAAAGGAAAAGUUUUCUGCAGAGGGGCUAUGGAAAUUGUUGUUCAGUUAAGAAAAUUGCCUCCCACUGCUCAUAUCUUUGAGACGUUCAACGUUGUUGAUGUUCCCAUUGUGAAGGGCAAUAUUAUGCGAUUUAGUUUACAAGGCUUUUUUCGCGAUGCAUCCAUUAAUAUGAAAAAUCCAUUAACUGAUACAUCUUUAUCAGUACUUCCGCGAUACUUCUGCCGCGAAUUCGUCCUUAUCGAUAAGGGUUAUGGAAAAAUUGCAAUCAUCAAUGACACAUUAUUCAUCGCUAUUGGCUCUUCCAAACGAUUGGAAGAUUAUAAAGGCAUUUUAAGAAAUAUGAUUGAAGAAAGAAGAAGAAAUUAUGCGGAAGAAGAAGUACAAAGCAGGAUGGAAGCAAAUAUUUCCCCGACCCCAACGUUACCUGAAUUAACGCCUAAAGAAUUGGCUUUAGCUGGUUAUGAAAGUAUGCAGAAACUCUUGAUUGAAUUGUUUUCACAACAAAGCCAAAUGAAACCCGAAUGGUCCCGCAAAUGCCUUAUGGAUCUCAAUUGGGACUGCGAGGAAGCCUAUAAAGCAUUUCUGGCGCUGCGCGAUAAAAUACCUUCUGAAGCUUUUCAAUAA